UGGCAUCGAAUACGGCAGAUUUAAUAUGAGGCGCAAUGUCGACACCCUUCGCUUUGCCUCCCUUCUGCGCGCAGCGGUAAGGCUCUCUCCACAGGAGGUCGUUUUCACCCAUGACUCUUUCAAAUGCAUUAAUGUCGACCUGCCCUGGUUUCACUGUGCCACGUCGAUCGAGAUGAAGUUGUACGCCUUUCGUUUCACGCAGCUACCAGCCAAAAAGUUCUCGGCUCUCGAGAGGCUGUGCCUCACGGGCUGCACCAUCUUAAACCUUGUCACAAUGGUUACCUUCUGCCCACGCCUACGCGUGCUCAAGGUGAAGGCAGAUAGGUUCGCACGUGAUGUUACAAUCAACUCGGAGUCACUGCAAGAGCUUUUUCUUAGUGUAUAUGGAGACACCAAAUGUCAGAGCAUCCAAAUCAUGACUCCUCUACUUAAACAAGUGAAGCUUGAUGUUCUUUCCUGCUCAGACCUUAGCGUGUCUAUCUCGGCCCCAAAUGUUGAGAAGCUCUCGUGGUUGCUUACAUAUAAUGCACUUAUGUUUGGUUUUUGGUCGCUUCAUAGCCUGAGCUUAGAGACCAUAGAGAGCUAUAAAUACAAUGAUGGGAUGAGCAGCAAGGAAGACGAAGAUGCAUGUUUGCACCCCCCACGCUGCCAUGUUCUUUCUUUGCGUAUAUCUACCAAUAAUCGUUUCGGUGCAGUGCUGAACUUUGAGCGGGAGAUGGAGAGACUUCCAACUACCAACUUUACUGUUUUGGAGCUGCAUCUCAAUGUAACGGGGCAUGUUUUAGGACCACUUGUGCUGCGUCUCCUUAUGAUGCAUCACAUUCGGACUGCUACACAGAGGCUUAAGGUUUUUUUAUGGGACUGGUCCAAGUCAAAAUGUCUUGAAAAAUGUCCUUGUGAUGAGCCCAAGAACUGGAGGAGCCAAAGUAUCUCCUUGACUCAUCUCAAAGACGUAGAAAUCAACAACUUCAAAGGAGGGGACGGUGAGAUUGAUUUUGUGAAAAUGACAUUGAGAUGGGCACCAAAGCUUAACACAAUGACCAUCAAUCUAGCUCAUGACGCAGACAUUGGACGUUGCGCCACGAAUAUCUACAGUAUUUCCUUGGCGUAUCCUUUUGUUAAUUGCUCUGUUUAUCAAUGUUCUGGUGGACUGGUCCAACAAACAUGCCUAUAGUUACCGAGCUCCUAGGUGCAAAGGAGAUCGUGUCUGAGUGGUUGUGGCCAUGAUUAGAAUCAUAUGGGCUUUGUUUGCUUUCAAAAAAUGAGAUGGACCUAAGUGCAACGAUAAUCUUUUCCAUGAUGAUUUCCAAAUUGGAUACCAUAGUCUCGUCUCACGUUAAUGUUUCGACCGUGUAAUAUUCCGUUGAAUGUUUUCUGUGUGGGAGAUGCUACUAUUUGUGAUU